CUGAGCCAGACGAUGCACCCACCGUCGAGGGCCAGCUGUGGAACUUGUACUACACGAUACUACACGCAGCCAAGAAGAUUGCAUGGGAUGACGAACAGGGACAACAGGGGCUCGUCGACCUCCUCGCAGGGCUCAAAGCCCGCCCCGAUCCACCAGAACCAGCAAAUAUGACGACCGCGAUGAAAAGACACUGGGUAUAUGAACCGGGCCACCUAUGGAGUAGGCUCGUCAUGUUCGGCCCGAGCGCUCGAGAGUGCUGGAACGACUCACUGGGCUGCGGCGCGGGAUGGCACCCGGUCGAGAUCAAGGCUUGGACGAACGUGAACGCGUUCAUUGCAAGGGUGACUGCGCAGGAGAUUGCCGACUUUACACUAUACGGUAUGUGGGCUUUGGAUGAGGCACUUGUGGAUGAAAUCAACGUCCAUGAAAACAGACAUCAACCUCCACCAUCUCGAGACUGCAUUGCCGACGCUCUGUUCCAAGUAGCGGCCGUCUGGAUCCGCUUAGCAGGAAGACGUCUACUGCAUAAGAGUCAAGAGGUGGUUGAGGAUGAGGCUCGGGCGUUCGUCACACCGUCGAAGUGGGAGGGAUGGCGGAGGAUGUUUGAAAAGGAGGCGGAAAGUAUGAGGUACACGGUGAGCGUCAGUCAGAUCGCGAGAGACUGUGCCCAACUCAUGUCACAAUUUGAGAAAGAACUCAUGGUUACUGAGGUCGUGGUUUGAAUUUAUCACUUAAAAAUUGAUUUAGACACUGUUAUGGUUAAGUGUUUCCCAUGCG